CCAUUGCACUGUGCAUCUUCCUUCACUUUCAUAGCUUGCUACUUUUUUUUUCCUUUUUUUCCAUUCAUAACUUCAUCCUGCCCCCCAUCACAUCACAGUAGCCAUGUUCCGAAACCAAUACGAUAACGAUAUCUCGACCUGGUCACCACAGGGCCGUCUCCAUCAAAUUGAAUACGCGCUUGAGGCCGUCAAACAGGGAUCUGCCUCCGUUGGCCUGCGCUCCAGUACCCAUGUCGUCCUUCUGGCCUUGAAGCGUUCCUCGGGAGAAUUGGCGUCGCAUCAGCAAAAGUUGUUCAGGAUCGAUAACCAUGUCGGCAUCGCUAUUGCCGGUCUCGUCUCGGAUGCCCGUGUCCUCAGUAAUUUCAUGAGAACAGAGUGCAUGAAGUCCAAGAUGAUGUACGAUCGCCCCAUGCCCGGCAGCAGGCUUGUAUCUUUGAUCGGUGACAAGGCACAGGUCAACACCCAGAACUAUGGACGUCGUCCCUACGGUGUCGGGCUAUUGGUCGGAAGCUAUGACGAGGAUACCGGCCCUCACCUGUACGAGUGCGUGCCCAAUGCCAAUUGCCUGGAAUACUAUGGCAUCAGCAUUGGCGCCAAGAGCCAGAGUGCAAAAACAUAUCUGGAAAAGUUUGCAAAGGACUUUGGCGAAGCGGACGUUGACGCACUGAUCAUGCACGGUCUUCAUGCUCUGCAUGAGACACUUCAGCAGGACAAGGAGCUGAACUUGAACAACUGCUCGAUUGGUGUCGUUGGCAAGGGACAGGAUUGGCAUUUGAUUGAGGGAGAUCGUCUCAAGGGCUACCUUGACCAAUUAGAGUCUGGUACCGCAACAACAGAGACGACUGCUGCAGGAGAGGACUUGCCUCAGGGUGAAGCCAUGGAUACCGAGUAAAGUACAGCAAGCUUUUUUUUUAUAUCUCAUAUCACGUUGUACAUUCGAUUGUUUCCACGGAACCAGGCCUCUCAAAAUAAAAAGACAAGCAAAUGGAAGCA